CUCUUUGACAGGUCUUCAAAUCUCAACCAAUCAGCGCGCGACUCACAAACAGCUUUUGUGGUCCAUUCAUUCGAGAGCGUUUCGCGAAACCAAAAUACACAAGGCGUUUGAAUGUUGGUGGGUUUUAUUGCGUUUAGCUCAGCAUUUAUUUUAUUUCUCUUGUUGAGAAUUCUGCGAUACUCCAGGCCGGUUUAAAGACAUCGAAUUUAUUAAGUUAAACGUGUUAUUUAUGCUGAUAUAGCGGCGGAUAGCUGUUCAGAGCUCCGGAACAAGAUAAAACUCUUACCGUGUCAUGGUCAUUCUUCCUUCUCGACGCCACUAACGGGGACAUGAUGACUCCUCUGGCUUAAAGCUUGCUUGAAAAGAUGAUGAAUUCCACCGAACAUUUUAAUAGGCCAAUACGCAUCACUUCCUUCUGGCUGUGCAGUUCUAGGGCGGCGAGCUGUGAUGCGCGUACUGUUUGGGGCUUUUUGGCAACGGGGAAGAACUCCUCAGGCUCUAUGAUGUCUUGCCUCUGCUGACGGUAGUUUUCUCGUAUUGCCCCAUUGGCUGCCAUCUGGAGAUAUAGUUUGGACUGAAUUAAAGUAUUCACGAUUUUGUUUGGCUGAUGAAAGUUAAUUUCAGGUCGAGGCUUCUCAUCUGACCCAGACGUAUCGGAACCUUAGGAGAAUUCUGACCAUGUUGUCGAACUCUGUCAGCCGGACUCAUCUUUCUUUUUGUAAAGUGCCUGGGGUCUUUGGUACGUGUCCAGAAUAUUUUUUUUUCUGUCUUCUAUUGCAAUCCUAGCACGUCUCCAUAUGGAAUAACGAGUUUUCUUCACAGUUAAGGAUGGCGAUUUUUCUUUUGAUGUUCAAUGACAAAUGUGCCCUGCUGUUGUGGUUUGCUCGAGUUUAUUUUCAUGGUAAAUAACUCGUGUGUUACUCUUGGAUCGGCUCUUGUGAUUUUAAGACUUUGAACUGUUGAAGCAAAAAAAACUCUGGCUGUUUCGACUGUAAUUCCUACAACGUUGGACGACUGGAAAUAUAUUUUAGCUGCCUGAAGAUAGUGUUGUAUCAUCUCAGUGAUGGGUUAAUGUGGAGUCGAUAUUUGGCCAAGGACGAACACAAAUACCACCCUCGGCCUUUUUAUUCGAUUAUUUUUAUCUGAAAAAAAUUAACGGAGUAAGUUACUAUGAUCUAAUUUUAACCUAUGUUUUAAUUCCUAGCUCUCUCACAUAACUCAGUUCACUGAAAUAGAUCAUUUGUUUCUAGUUACUAUGAGAUCUUAUUUUACUGUUGGAUAUGUUGACCAGAAGUAAUAAGUGGAAACAAAUUUCUUGACAUUAUUCAGUUAUCUCUUAGGUUUGACAGAUGAACUUAUGUUAGUGCUUUUAUAUCAUGUAAUGCCUUCGUGUGCUUCGAUUUCAAGAGCAGUUUGUGAUCUACAGGGAGCAUAAGGUGGUUCAUCCUGACUUGACGUUCUUUUAGUGUCUUGAAAAGGAAUGUGCUGUUUUAAACAAAAUAGAAGAGGUAUUAAGAACAUUGUAAAUGUGUCCAUGAUAUUCAACAAUACAGCAGCAUACACAAGAAGCAAGGCUGUCCACUAGAAAUGCCCGGGAGCCACAGGCGACUAACUUUGGCCUUUAGAUGUUUUGGUAAAUCCCCAUUUUCCUUUUUGUGGACUUUAGAAACUGGUGAGUAGCUGCACCCUUCUCAACAGAUGCCCACUCAUGACAGAAUUGUCGGGUUGCUUUUGAUGUUCUGGUGACUCAAGAAUUGGAUAAGUGGAGCUGGCAGAAGGACUUCUAGUGAUUUAUCUUCGCUGACAGCCAUCGGCCAUACCGCCCUUGUCCCGUCUUCUUCCCUUCUCGGCCACAGCCAUACUGCUUUUUGCGUUUGUGAUGACUAAACACUCGUCUUAGUGACCCUUAGAGAAAAAACCGGCUGCCAGCAGACUGUCUGCAACACCACGCGCAAUUACUUUUAAGUUCUUCAGAAUUGUGUGAUAAACUGAUUUCAAACUGGACAGGGUUUCUCGUCCAUGAUUACUUACAUGGUUGUAAAUAUCUGGCCCCAACCAAGAACACAGCGUAACAAUGGAGCUUAACAGGUUGUGGGGCUCCACUAAUCGGACUCUUAUUGCUGUUUCUCCAGUAAAGAACUUACUCCACUGCAUCCACGGGAAUGCAUCAAUGUCGUGAUAAAAAGGUGAAUCGAGAGCUGUAGAAGAAGAGCACAAUACAACUUUAUUUGCGAGGAAAUCAAGGGUAAUUCAUCACAUCACCCAGAAACAACAACACACUAUGUCGCAAGCCCUCUUCCAUCCUGUCCAAGGUACCAUAGAGUCAACACUGAAAAGAACCCGCUAAAUACGAACGAGGGAGACAGCGGGACAAGUAUGAAGAAUUAUAUUUCCGAAGAUUGAGUGAUGGUUAGGAUUUCGAGAACCUUCGUUAAAUCAAAGUCGAUUUAAGAUAUCUUGAGUUAGUGAACGAUCUUGCUUUGCCAACUGGAAACACCACAUCCAAUGUUUAUAAUGAUCCCGGUGAACGCCAUGUUGAUGUUGCAUUGAUGGCUAUCCUGAAGCGGUGAACGCCGACAAGAAUAUAUCAAGCUCGUUUGAUCUCAUCAUGGUCUCGCUUAGGACUUGCCAAACUAUAAACUAUGCUUCGCAUAAGCUCACCUGAUAUGCCACCGAAGCACAUCAUGAGCCAGAGAGAACUGGAAGUUCAAAAAUUUGUUCAGUCUGGUUGCUAUGGAGUGACGUCAUAAGUCAGUGUUGUAGCUAUCAUCAAGACGGAUUUGCGGUUUUAUACCACAGAGUUUGGCAAUUAGUUUAUCAGCUAUAAUAUAUAAUGUCGUGUGGAGAGAAGCAUGUUUAUUCUGAGGGGCUGGAUUACUAGGUUGACGUUUUAUGAGGGUGGAGUUCAUUUAACUGCGGGAAGAUUGCCUUCACUCAGAAGUGUAGGAUGGUUGACUUCGACAUUCCACGAGCUCAGCUCAUCGAAUGUCCAACAAGCGAUUCGAGGGAUUGCUUCCUCCUCAAUUCUAAGAUAUGCGGCAUUCCUUUGGCAUGUUUUAUGACGACCAGCCCGUUGGUUGCAUGCUUUCCCGACGAAUUUACGACGGUUCCACUCAAGGAGUUAACAAAUGGCACGCAUUUGGAUCAACGUGUUUACAAAGAUGUUGUCCCUAUUGCCUCUUCAUUCGGUGUUGUUUCCGCCAUUCUCCGCCAAAAGUGCCCGAAACCAGACGAAAUAGACACGUACAGCUGGUUGGUUGACACAAUUAAUAGUCUUAAGAUAGAGUCAAGACCAGACAUCAGCAAGACCAGUGAUCGCAAAGAUGAAACAACACUCCAAACGUGUGCAGACAGCACUACAAGUAGCUUCAGUGAUAUUACCUUAAGGUUACAACGUAUCCAAGAGGAAGACUGUAAACUGAAGACCGAGCUUGAAUUGGCAAUGUCGAAGUUAGAGUCCUUACGCGAUGAAGUUACUUCUAGUUCUAUUAAGGGUGGUCACUCGACGGAGGCAAAGGAGGUGGACGAUGUGUGGAACUCGUUGAGCGAUGUUUGCGACAGAUAUCAAGUGCAUCUUGCUUCUGUAAUCGCAGAUCGGGCUCUCAAACCUGAAGUGGCUAAAACGCUGAGCGACAUUGCCGAUCAGCUGAUGGAAAAAAAGGAACCGAAGGAGGUUUUGGAAAUCAUGUUCGGGGGCAGCGCCGGCAAGUUUUUUCAAUCCCUUCAAGUGCCUGAUUGGACCUUGCGGUACUUUAAGCUGCAGUCCAGGGUUCCAGACCAAGGCUGGCAGAUGUUGUUAACCAUAUCAAAGUUAGGACGAACCGGGAGGAAUAGUGACAUCCCUGUCCUACUUAAUAAGAACCAAAUUAAGGCUGUGAGAAAAGUAAUAUUAGGCCUCUACCAAAUGGAGCACCACAAGGGCGCCAGGUCAGUCUCUCUGCUGCUGUGGCUUGGGCAGCAAGGGAGACGAGACUACAUCAUCCUGAUCAGCAAACAUUAGAGCUCAACCUCAAACUUGACGGAAGGCCAUUUUUUUAGGAAUAGUGACAUCCCUGUCCUACUUAAUAAGAACCAAAUUAAGGCUGUGAGAAAAGUAAUAUUAGGCCUCUACCAAAUGGAGCACCACAAGGGCGCCAGGUCAGUCUCUCUGCUGCUGUGGCUUGGGCAGCAAGGGAGACGAGACUACAUCAUCCUGAUCAGCAAACAUUAGAGCUCAACCUCAAACUUGACGGAAGGCCAUUUUUUUGGAGGCAACAAGUCAUGAUUGGCAUUGUCCCAAUCAAUGUCCAUCAUGCUUCCAGCGAAAGUUCCAAGAGCGUCUAUCCCAUAGCAAUUGCUAAUCGCAAGGAAAACAGGAAAAAUGUUGAGGCACUGAUUAGAGAUCUUAAUGCCCAGAAGAAUGCCAUCAGAAAAAAUGGACUUACUGUUUAUGGAAGGCAUUUUCAAGUUAAAUUUACAGUUACUCUUGAUUACAAAGCUUUGAGUAUGCUCCUAAAGUGAAAAGAUGAUGAUGUCGAUGAAAAUGUAGAUGGACUUUGUGGGAGGGGGUUAGACACUGAAUGUUGUGUUUACUGCAAAGUUAUCCGGGGAUGUGCAUGUCCAGGGGUCCCGAAAGGGGAAGCUUGUGCUGAAUGCUUCCUAAAGAGCAAGGCAAAUAUAGGAGGUUGGAAAGGGCUAAGAGAUGACUUGCUCUUUCUUCUUGAAGAGGACCUUUGUGAUGUCAACCUAUGUGCUCUGCACUGUGAGCUUAGAAACACUGAGCAGUUGUUAAGGUCCCUGGGCAUGUUUGCUUAUGAGUGUGGGAGCCUUAAGGACUGUAAUACUGUUUUAGCCGAGUAUGGACCAGACAGCAUGAAUGGGAGAAACAGAAUCCUAGUUAAGGCAAAGGCUGGUCAGGAGAGUGGCAUUGAGCGCCACAACAUUCAAGUAGUAUCAUUCUCAGGGUCAACAGAACGCAGGUUUCUAGAGAAUAUAGAAGACAUUGUCAGCCGAUCACUUCCAUUGCAGAAACUUAAACUAUUUUUCAAUAACAAAGAUGUUGCGGAAACAUACCUGUUAAAUCAGGUAACAUUCUGCGAGGAGAUGAUUCAGGUUGAAAUCCUGGCAUCACUGUAUGCCUGAGCACUUCUGGGAUAUCCAACAAAUCAUUGCCAAAAAUAUGCAGAAGAUGAGACUAGUACUACGCCCAAUUGAGGGAUUCAGGGAGGUUUUUAAGAGAUUGGGGAACACACUCAGAGACAAUCGACAUCACAAAUACGGUUUUGCUUCAGCAGGAGUUAUGUUCGAAACUGGAAUCGUGGACAAGCAAGCAAAAAGAAGUUGUUUCCAAGCUGGCUAUUCUUCAGAAACAAAAACAUUAUCCCGACGAAAUCCAAGAUUAUGUUGCUGACUAUCAGCUUCAUGCCUACAGAACUGUCUUUUGUAACUGGCGUGAACUUGCCACGACGAUGAGGCACAAAGUAUUCGAUGAUGACAUGGAAGAAGAAAUCGAUGUCUUUGACUUAAAGUGCAAGGAAUUGGGAUUUUGCCUGAGAGACCUGUUUGGACUGGGCCUUGGCACUGGCGACUAUGGCCACCUAACCGUUGAACAUGCCUCAAUGCUCCUUCGGAAAUUCAGAUCCCUUCGUCACUAUAGCAACCAAGGUUUCGAGGCCUCGCAUAAACUUCAAAAGCAGAUAUAUAGUAGGGCGACUAAUCACGACGGCAGUGGUGAAGCCACUUCAUUGGACCAAAUCUUAACCCAUCAUUACGCUGAGAAGUUCUUGUUCUUAAGGCUGUGUUUCAGAAAUGCUAAAGAAUGCGCAAGAAAAGGGAAGAAAUUUUACUUCCGAGGAUGUGGUUGGGCUAACUGCAAAAGUACGAAGAAGUGGAGUGCAGCACACAAGCACUGGGUCGAGGUCGUGGACGAGCUUUUUAGUUUGUUCAUGGGCAAAGACCACUUAAGGUACGAGUACACGGAGGAUUUGUGCUGCAUUGUGGCGGAAGAUGGAGAUGAAAGGCUUGGGUACGAUGCCACCUGUUGGGAGAACGUUUUCAAGCAAAAAAUGAUCGAACGCAAGUGGCUCGAUAAUGAAACACCCUGUGCACGGAAGGCAAAAAAGAAGCGUAUCGCGAAAAAAACUCGGCGUAAAUUGUUCAACACCCGCAAAGGUAAAAAGAAACCUUCACGUGCUACUGUGGCUUCAUCGUCCUCUUCGGGCUCUACACGCACUGAGAAGUCGUCGCCUGUCCCAUGCAACAACCGUAAACGUAAAAAGUUAAGAUCAAAGACUUCACACAUGGCUCCUAAGCGAAAAAUGCCGUCAUCGACCUCCCCCAACACAAAUUCGCAGGAGUCACGAAUCCCCACAACUCGCCGGUGUCUAUUCGAGUUGUCCAACAGAAAACGGAGGCAGGCGUCAUCUUUAGAAACUUCAUCUCGCAAGCAUAAACCGUCAGCGACGCCACCAUCCCACCUGUCUUCAACAACCUUAGCCACUUCACUCUCACCAUCAGAUUCAUGUGGACUCGAGCCACUGACACCUUUGGUUACAACACCACCGGCCACCUCUGCAAACGGGCUGCAAUCUUCAACUCCCGUUGUCACUUCACCACCACCUCCUUUACCCAGUGCAAUCUCACCGUCAUGUUUGAGCAAUUCAACGUCUUGUUGCGAUGUGUUUUCUGCAAGCUAUUCAAGAGAACAACUAUUCACGUGUAACCUUCCCCCGGUUGACUGCAGUGCAACCGUGCGGCAAACCAUGCUAGUGAGGGUACCUGUGAAUUUUAUAUUCACUGAUGUGGCUACACUCGGAAAGCGCCCACCAAACUGCGUAGUUACACAGGCAGUCGCUCUCAUGGCGCAAACGAAGAGGGCUGACAAUGCAGCAUCGAAUACCGUCACCCUAGAAGAGGAAGACAGUACAGUAGACGUAUCUAUCGGCAAACUAGGUGUCUUCUCCAGAGCUGGUUUAGGACAGCUUGAAUGGCUCGUGGAGGUUGCGUCAAUGAGGUACAACGUCCAAGAAGAGAAGAGGUGGGUAAUGGAGACCCCAGAUAACUUGGACGAUCCAACAAGGAACAACAUCAUGCACUUGCUGAACAAAUUUCCUCUCAACCAUUUAGUUACAAAAGAGGGGAAAUAUUCUGUUGAUGUACGGGCUUUCAGCAAACUAGCUUUGGAGCGAUGCAUCGACGAUACUAUUAUUGAUGCAGCCAUAGCCAGAAUGCAGCGCCAGUACAAGUCAAACGAGUCUGUCCUGUGUCUACCGGCGCACACAAUAACCUGGCUCGACACUGGCGAUAGGAGCUUCAUCCACCAGUGUUUCCGAGAACGUUUACAAAAUGUAAAUCCUGGCUCACUCAAGUCUGUUCUAGUCCCUGUCAACAUGAACAACGUCCACUGGGGACUUAUGGUGAUUGACAUUAAAAGCAGAAUAGCUUAUUUGGACGAUGGCUUGAUGUGGGCAUCCCCAAGUAUCUCUUAUGUCCAUCUCAUCCUAAGAGAACUAAACACGAAGUUCCCAGACUGUGCCAAUUUUUGUUUAAAAGACUGGCUUGAGGUUAAAACGUUCAAGCGCUUCGGUAUGCCCAGGCAACCAACAGAUGGGACGAUCAUCGGAAGCGACAGCUGCGGCAUCGGGGUCAUUCUCUCGGCCCAAGAUUUUAUUCGAUCGGAUCAACCAGAAAGUGUUUCUCUGUCCUGGAGUUUUGACCAAAUGACUGUACACAGAAAGGAAGUCAUGAGACUCCUCUCCUAUGCGUGAUUUUGGGUCACCAAUGCCUGGACAAUUUUUUAAAACCAAAGAACUUUUCUUAAGGAACCUUAUUCAAUCGAACUUUUGUUCACGAGCUUGUUGUAUUUUGUUGUUGUUGUAAUCAAACGAGUUUAACGUAAGAAGCGAAGAUUUAAUUUCGAGUUUUGCCUCGUUCAGAAGAACAUUAUGAUAGAUAUUAAUAAUUCCAUGCAAAGAUACUAGAACAAAAGGUUGAAGAGUGUAAACUGCGUAUACUUGCUUCACAGUAUUGUCGGAAGAAGGAAUUGAGGAAGAUGUGUAUGCGUUAGGCGAAGGAAGAAGUUGCGUAGAGCCCCUUAAAUUGUGCGAAUGAACGUGAGCCGUCUUUGUGGAAAUUUGAUUAACGCAACUGAGUUGCGGCAAAGUUAUCGACGUCCUGAACGUCACCUAUUGCACUCCUUUGUUCUACUACAUGUAAGGUCUAUCAAGAGACGUGAGAAACGGAGUAGUGAAUUUUGAAGAAGAAAUGAAAUGCGAAGCCUUAAAUGUUUUAAGUUAAUAGUAUGGAGUGUCCUCGUAAUCAAGUCCUAGGUAUUUGUAGGUCAUAGCUUUCUCAGUACUUUGAUAGUUUGCUUUUUUAGCAAGUCGGUUUACUCCGUUGAAGUCGAUGACUUGUAGAGAAUUUAUCGUUCGAUCCGAAAAUAAGUUGUUUAAUCAUAUUGUGUGUACUAUUAUUGAUUUAGUUAAAACUUCGACGUAAUAACUUUACCCCAUAUCAAUAUACUGUUAGCGUUUCUGAGCUCGUUGUGUAAUCGACAGUUAUAGCAUGGUCGAAAAUCGUGUUCUGAUGUUUUUUUAGGA